UUUAGAAAAUAAACUGUGCAAUCUCUUAAUUUAUUAUCAUAGGCUAAGAUGAAUAAUGUAAAUUGAAUAUAAGGAUGAAAUAUUGAUAUUUAAAAUAAGGAUAAUUAAAUCACUGUAAAAUUUGCAAUCACCAUUAAUGUGGCAAAUGUACUCAUUAGUAUACAUUAUGUGAUCACCGUGUUUAUAUCGCGAGAAAAGGUUUUGAACACGAAUUAUUUAGCAAUAAAAGUGGUGAGGACCAAGGAGAAAGGUACAAUAAUGUUGGAGAGCAAUAAAGUUAGUUGUAAAGGUGUGAAAAUGUAUCCAGGCCGUCACUAUCAGCGCCUACGUCCGCUCGCGCGUAAAUUGACUCAUCACCAUUGAGGAAAAUCAUAAUAAACAAUGUUCAUCACUAAAGUGGAGCGGCUCAUUCCAGUACUAAUGCCCGUUGCUUAAUGACGUGAUAAUAGUGGUCAGUGAAGUUGGGAACAAAAUGGGGGCUUUGGUGAAUGUGUCUGUGACGAAGAAUGACAGUAUGCUGGGCCUGGACGAGUAUGAGUCUGAUGAGGCCCUGGCAGCAGUGGAACUGUUCAUUGGCUAUCCAGAUGCCCUGCUGACCUUCGCAUCGCUGUGCUGCAUGCUGUUCAUGGUGGUUGGUGUCCCGGGGAACCUGAUCACUAUCAUCGCGCUGGCUCGCUGUAAAAAGGUUCGGAAUGCAACAGCAAUAUUUAUUAUCAGUCUGUCUCUCUCGGAUCUUCUGUUUUGCUGCUUCAAUCUGCCGCUGGCUGCAUCCACCUUCUGGAACCAAUCUUGGAGACAUGGGAAAACUCUAUGUCGCAUGUUCCCGCUGACGAAAUAUGCACUGGUCGCCAUUUCACUCUUCACGGUCUUGGCCAUCACGAUCAACAGAUACAUCAUGAUUGCUUGGCCUAGAUUAUAUCCGAAGUUGUACAGCAAACCAUAUCUAGCGACCAUGAUCGCCACCAUAUGGGUAUUCUGCUUCGCGGUUCUAGUUCCAACAUGGCAAGAGAAGUGGGGCCGCUUCAGCCUGAACCCUAUGGUUGGUUCAUGCACCAUCAUCCCAGAUGUAAACUACAAUUCACCAAAAAAGGCGAUGUUUAUCGGAGCCUUUUUACUACCAGGGAUUGCUAUUAUAGUCUGCUAUACUCGGAUAUUUUUGAUAGUGAAGAAAAUCGCAAAAAGAUCAAGACGACCAAUACGCAUACGAAGACCAAAAACUGAAAUUGUUGCUGGAACUUCUACUGAUUUUGAAUCAACUACACUUCCGAGCCAAACUACUGAGACUUCCUCACCUCCUCAACGCAAUACUUGCCAUGCUUUCAAUUGUCUCAUGCCAGAAAUAUCCUCUAACUCUGGGUUGGACUAUUCCACAACAGAAGAUCGAGAUAAGAAAAUAACAGAUAGUAAUAAAUGUCUAUCAAGAAGUAAUAUAGCACUACAGAAAAUUCGAAUGGCAUGUACUCCUGCGCCCAGACAGCCGAGAGCCCCAAAACUGCUUCCAUCUAAGAAAGACAAAAAGCUUCGUACUCUGAUCAUGGCAAUAGUUCUCUCAUUUGCCAUCUGCUACCUGCCUAUAUCGAUUACAAAGAUUUUCCUAGAGUUCACAUUUCACCCUAUUGUCAAAAUUAUCAGCUACAUUCUCCUAUACCUGACCAAUUGCAUCAAUCCCAUCAUAUACGUAGUGAUGUCGGUGGAAUACCGGCAGGCCUACAAGAACUUGAUCACUUGUCGCAGUGAUCAAGAUUUCCCCGAAUCGUCGAUACUCAGGAGAAUAGCUAGCUCGAAGACAUUUUCGGCCGUUCGUAUGUCGAGAAGAAAACCAAACACAGUAAAUAACCCAACGCCUACGUAAGAAUAUGAAUAAGUGUUUAUUUGUGUGUGACUCAAUUGAAUCCGCGUCAUUUGUGGAAAAGUGAGAACCGUCCGUGUUUCGUGUAAAGUGAAGGAAAUAAAGUAACUGGUAAUGAUGACGAUGAGUGAUGAACGAAAAUGAUGACUGGAGUAUUUGUAAAUAUUAGAUUAAUAAAUUAUAUGAAGUUGUAAAUGCAAUGCAUACCAGCUACUCGUAUUUUAAAGAAAUUGUUUGUAUCGUCAAAGUGAAAUUUUUAAUGACAGCAAUUCAAGAAAUAGUUUUCUUCUGUGUUUACUUGUUUAACUCCUACAAACAAUACGUUCAGUUUUAAAAAGACAGAUGCAAAAGAUAUUUUAUAAAUUGGCCUAUUCUAACGCUAGACUAUCUAUGUUCUUAAGAAUGAUAUUGGUCAUAAUGAACAUUAUCUGAAGAGCACUCAAUACCCAAAAGUAUAUAAAAAGCAUAACAAUAUCAGUCUUGUAAUGUCGUCUCUAUUAUAGAGACAUAAAUAAAAUUUUUUGAGACAGUAAAACGGUAGGGCUUUCAAAGGGAAGUUCAGCCUUGAAAUUUAUUUUAAAAUUAUAAACUCGACUGAACCCCAUGUUAUAAACAAAAUUAAUAACUGAUUACAAUUAUACUUUUAUAAUAAGCUAAAUGAAAAUUAUAUUUAUUAAAUGAUGAAUGAAUAAAAUCCUAAUAUUAAUCAUUAGUGUGCCAUAACUUGUUUUGCUAUAAAGUUUCACAUAAGUAUAAAUAUUAUAUAACGAUACUCUUUUCGCAUAUAAGCUAAAUGUUUCGUACAAAGUGUACAAUAUCAAUGUGUGAUAUUAUGGUAAAUAAGGUGAUUGUCAAAGACAUAGAGUUUCGAAUGCUGUAUUGAAUCGAAGAAGGUGCUGAGGUAAUAUUGCACGAAAACCCUACCAAUGAAUGAAGUCUUGUUGAAAUGUAAAUAGUUCCAUAUACUGCAGACUUAAUUAUAUUGUGUGAUUUGAAAAGUUAGUUGACAAAAACCAAGCACGCUUUGGUUAGUGUGUUAUUUUUAUGAUGGUAUUUAUUCUUCCGUUAAAAGAUACUUUUUCAAAAGUGUUUUAAGGUAAAGCUUUGUUUGUACUUUAUUAGUCACAUUCAGAAUUAAGUUAAGUAUGUCAUUGAGAUAAAAAUGGCAGGCUAUAAUAAUAUAAUUUAAUUAUAACAAAAGGUUUAUACAAAUUAGAACUGACAUAAGAUAACCAACCCGUGCUCGGUUUGAUUACCAUUCCAGAUUUGUCACUUGAUAUAAUAAGGAUUUGAUAUGUAAUAAUAAUUUAUGAAUAGGUGUUUUGUACGAUACUGUAUUGAAUAUACCUAAGAAUAUAAGGAUUACCGAAGUUUUCCAAAGAUAUUUAAAUGUAAGUCAUGAAUAGAUAGGAAUUACAACCGAUAUACUCAAUCUUUAUUUUAACAAAUUAUGACAAUUUGUAUUUUGAAGACUAAAUGCUUGAUAAUUAUAAUUUAUUCUGAAGUUCUCAAACAUAGAUAAGUAUAUGCAUAAGGUACAUAACACAGUAAGGCGAUACGAUUAUAAUAAGAUAACUUUUUCAGAAUGGCACAGUAUUACUAUGAUAAUAGUCUCAAUGUUUCCUUCCCAAUGAAGUAACGAAUAAGAUGAUUACAAUAUUUAUUACCUAAUAAAUAAUUAAGAAUACUGAGUAUAACUGAUACUAAGGCUUAAUGUUGUUGGUAAAUUAAGUACAUUUUCCACCUAUGUUCAACCACCUUAAAGUUCUUUUAACCAAGUUGAAGUUCAAUAUAAUAUGUCCCCAAGUUGAGAUGGAUCGACGCGACGUGUAGUUACCAUCUAAAACCGUACUUUCAACAAAAAAAUUUCUUUACAAGGAUUACAGAGUUGUGUAGUUUUUACUUCAUUGGGAAAAACUUGUUAGUUGAAGUUUCUCCCUACGUGAUGAAUAAACAGUCAAUCUUAUCACCCCUUGGCCUGAAUAUUGUACUAAACAAUCAUGAAAGAUGUUACGAUAGACACGAACCAAAGACCAAUCUCCCGGGGCCACCCAACCCUACGCCAUUGUACUUACCAAAGAUGUAAUUAAAAUAAAUUGAAAAGUUCAACUUAA